GGUGUUCGCGUCACGCCUGCAGCCACUCUAUGCGGUGGACGAGGGUCCGCUUUCUCUCCUUCGCUUUCACCAUCACUUUGAUAUCUAGGUUGUAGUGCAUAAGAGUCUGUACCCGCAGCCACGAGCUCUGACAUACCCGUUCUGGACGAGGGGAAGAUGCAUGUGUCGCGAGGGUUGCGUGCCGCAGAACGCCUCCUGAAGAGGAGCUACUUCAUACCGCCUUGAGCUCCAAAGGACGAGAAACAUCAAUCUUACUUCACGAAGGCGGAGGGAAAAUCACCGCUCUUUCGAUCUCCUAGUGUAACGAAACUCGGAAAUAUACUUGAAGUCCACGGUCAUGGAUCAGGUCAACGGACGUCCAAAGAUCAAGGACGAGCGCAAACUGAGCAAGCGGCCACGUCUCAGCGGCGAAGCGUCCGCCACUAUAGGUACGAAGUGUGCCGAUGGGACUACAGCGGUAGAGGUCGACAUCAUGAUCUUGGACUAUCUCGCGUAUCAAGCGAUAACAGCGUGCUUAGCGGAACGCCAGCGAGGUGAUCGUGAGAACGCUCGUGUCUCGCCUGCCCACAACCUGGCCAUGACAGAGGCCUUCUUCCAGUUGUUCGAAGCCCAACACAAACCCGUCAAUCUUGACGCCGAGCUCCGCUUCCGGUUGCUACUUCUCCAGCUUACAACGCUGUUCACUCAACGCUUAAUCCGCAACCCUUCAACGCCUUCUCGGCCAAGCCUCAAUGAGCUCCGCCAAAGCAAUGGGAUCCGUGCACGCACCUGGAUUGGCAGUCCUGAGCGCAUUCCGUCCGUAUCGAACGAUACUAACGUGUACGAUGAUCCGGCCGCGUUCUCCAAAUUUGACGAGCUCGAGCGUAACCGCGCACACGUGCUCCACUCGCUCGGCAUCGCCGCCGAAGACGAGCACUACGAGGACGCAUUCUACGGCACUGCCGAUUGCGUGGCGUUGCUUGACCUGCUGCCUCUCUUUAUGCAGGUCUCGGCUGCCAGGCUCGCCAUGAUGGCUGUGAGUGUGACGGAGGUAUGGAUGCAGAUCGCUGCUGCGUUCAUGUUGCAAGCCUGUCUCGAGCAAUAUCUUGUCAUUGGCGCUCAAGGCACCGACGCCAUUGAUGAGGCGUAUGCAUGGGGCUUUAGAGACCUCGACUCGAGCGCGCCGAGCGAGUCAAAGGCGACGGAGGGUGACGCUGAAGCAUGGAUCGAUGAAGUCAAUGACAUGUUUACCGACCCUGUCUAUGAGAUCGAAGUCAAGCCAUGGGCUGCAAUCAAGCAAGUUCACCUCGGUCAGCUGUUUCCGCCUCGUGGCCCGGAAGUUGAAGUGCCAUCAACUGAUCGCAACGAAAUUGACGCAAGCAUGGGUGAGCACCGUGCACCAAACCUGACAUCUCAUCUUGAGUCAGUCGCCGCACAGCAUCCUAUAGCGGCCUUUGAAGAAAGCAUGCUCAACUACCUCGAAGCACUGUCGCAGAGUGUACCUCAACCCGUACUGGCUCAGCUCGACAACGGCAGGCUAGAUGGGAUGUCCGCAAGGGAAACGAGGGAGUUUAUUCGAGACUGCGGCGUCAGCACGGCACGCUUCUUCGAAUCACCCUUUGGAUUUAAGGCUCUGUCUUCGCAACAUGGCCACUCGAAGGAGCAAGAAAAGGCUCAAAAAGCAAGACGAAGUGACACUAGCGAUUAAAUGUGAUAGUAAGCAUGCACUUGACGUAUUCAAUCAAUCUCUAUUGCGCGUGUGGAGAAAACUGCGGCAGCCCACUGACUCCGUCGUAUCUACAUCAAAAUGCGUCCGUGCGCAGAUAAGGAGGGACGUGCUUCUGAAGCGCAUAAUAAGCAGCUUCGCAAGAUGGUAAACCGCAGAAAGACUUUUGAUCGCAACUCUUCGAUGAGCCAUCUUUCUGUGACGAUGGCACGCAUAGACAGAAUCAACGCAACAUCGUUCGGCUUCUUCAGCCUUGGUGAGCGACAUGUGCAGCCUCCAACGCCAUGCGAU